GACGACUCGCUGAAGAAAUUGCAGUGCACGGAGUGCCACCGCGUGAUCACCAUGCGGUUCUGCUCGAGCUGCGGACAUCAGUUCCGCGACGAGAAGGUGGACGCGCGCAUGGAGAUCCCCGGCGUGAACCGACGUGAAGGAGUACAGCGGCGAGCUCUACACGGCCUCGCUGUUCAACCGGAUGAAGAAGAACUUCGUGCGCAUCCACAACCAGUUCAUGUACAUCUACUCGAACGUCUACGCGCAGGCGCCGAACGUCGUGGUCUCCAUGGAGAAGGCGACCGUGGAAUUGAUCGACGAUGGGUCGAAUCGACGGUCGGGGUAUUACGGGUUCCGCAUGCAGUUCCCUGCGACGUACAACCGCGAGUUCUUCACGACGAGCCAGCAGGAAUGCCAGGACUGGGUGAACGUGAUUCGCGAUAUGACGGAGGUGCGGAAGAUCGAGGAUUACUACGACAUCCGAGAGAAGAUCGGAGAGGGUCGCUUCGCGACCGUGUAUCGCUGCGUGGAUAAGACGUCGCUGCAGGAAUGCGCCGUGAAGGUGAUCAAUAAGACGAAGCUGACGGAGAAAGAAGCGGGGCUGAUCCAGACGGAGAUUGCGAUUCUGACGCUGGUGCAGCACAAAAACAUCGUGGAGUUGAUCGACACGUUCGAAUCGAAGGAGUCGAUUUAUAUCGUAAUGGAGCUUCUAAAGGGCGGCGAACUGUUCGAUCGGAUCUGCGGACGAUCGAUCUUCACGGAGGAAGAAGCCUUCCGCAUCAUCUACCCGCUCACCGAUUGUCUGUGCUAUCUGCACCGCAUGGGCAUCAUUCACCGCGAUAUCAAACCAGAGAAUAUUCUCUGCAAGGAUUCGCUUUUCGACAUCAAAAUCGGCGAUUUCGGACUCAGCAAGCUCGUCUUCCCCGACGAAAAACUCGACUAUCCUUGCGGAACCCUCAACUAUAUCGCCCCGGAAGUGAUCUCCAAGCAAGGCUACACGACCAAGGCGGACAUGUGGUCUUUGGGCGUGAUCUUCUAUCUUCUAUUACGCGGCCGGCUUCCGUUCGACGGGAACAAGCAGGAAGACAUCAUUAAAGCCAUCGUGACCGGACAGCCCGACUACAACAACAGCGCGUUUAUCAAUCUUUCCUACAACUGCAGAGAAGCCAUCAAAGGAUUGCUUCAGAAGAACCCGGACAUGCGACUCUCCGCGGCGGAUUUGAUGCAGCAUCCCUGGUUCGCGGAUAUGAACACGCGCAUGAAGACCAUUCCCUACAAGCCCAAACUCACGCCUUCCGCGUUGUCUCCGCGGCUCAUGGACCGAGCCAGCGAGAAGCUCAAGGAGCCUUCGAUCACGAUUCGCGAGCGAGGGCAGGGCGCCACCCCGCGGGAGAAGGGCUUCACCCCGCGGGAAAUGCCGUGGAUCGCGAAGGAAUCGCCGCGCAGUCCGCGGGAGCGAGAACGCGCGGCGAUGAGUCCGAAGGAGAAGGGAAGCAGCGCGUCGGCGUCGCCGUCGCCGAAGGGAAGAGAGAACGAUCCGCUGCUGGUGUCCAGGGAGAAGAAGGGAAAUGAGGCUGUGGAUGUGCCUGCUGCUGUGUUUGCUGUGGAUGUGCCUGUUCCUGUUCCUGUUCCUGCUGCUGUGCCUGCUGUGGAUGUUCCUGUUCCUGUUCCUGUUCCUGUUCCUGUUCCUGUUCCUGUUCCUGCUGCUGUGGGCAGUGCGAAGGAGGAGAAGAAGGAAAACAAUUAUUCCGCGGUGAUGAAUCCGACGGAGGAGAAGGAAACCGAAGCUUCUGCAGCGAUUCCGAAGGAAGAGAAACCCGCCGAUGUGGCUUCGGGUCCUCUGGCGAACAAGCAUCAGUCGUCGCUUGAAGUCAACGCCAGCGACUCGCCGCGUAGUCCAGUGGACAUGUAGU